AUGUCCUCCUCUCCCAUAUCCACCACCCCCCUCCCCCUCCGUAUUCUCACCUCUCUGCUCUCACACACCCUCACCAAUGCCUAUCUCCAAAUCCCCCUUCUUCUCACACUCCUCUCCUCCCGCUCCCCCUCCCUCAAAAACCGCUUGCCCUCGCGUCUCACAAAACUGCUCUCCUCCCCGCUCUUUCAACGGCUUUUAAAAAUCCUGAUUUUUAUCAAUUUGAAUAGGACGUUAUCGCGGGUUGUUGUGAAUAAUUGGAGGGGGGAUAAUGGGGAGGGAGAAGAGGAAGAGAUUGUGGUGAUUACGGGGGCUUCGAGUGGGAUUGGGAGGGUCAUGGCGAGAGAGUUUGUGAGGAGGGGGGGGUGUAGGGUGGUUAAUCUGGAUGUUAAGAAGCCUGAGAUGGAGAGUGAGACAAAAAUAACAUACUACCAAACCGACAUAACAUCCACCACCGAACUCGCACUCCGAGGGUCACAAAUCCGGUCUCAAUUCGGACCCCCCACAGUCCUAAUAAACAACGCUGGAAUCGGGCACUCAGGAUCCAUCCUCUCGGUCCCGGAGACGCAACUCCAUCAAAUAUUCAACGUUAACACGAUAGCGCAUUUCUUGACGGUGCGCGAAUUCCUCCCCGGUAUGAUCGAGAGAGGGAGAGGACAUGUGGUCACGAUCGCGAGUAUGGCGAGCUAUGUCACGGUACCGGGGAUGGUGGAUUAUUGCUGUACGAAGGCGAGCGCGGUCGCGUUUCAUGAGGGGUUGGCGCAGGAAUUGAAGGUCUUGGAUGGGGGCAGGGGGAGGGGAAUCAGGACGACGUUGGUGAAUCCCACGUGGAUCGAGACGCCCCUGAUCGAGGGCUUGACGAAGGAGAAGAGAUUCCGCGAGAGAGCGUUCGUCUUGAGGCCGGAAGAUGUGGCAGAGGCUGUGGUUAACCAGGUGCGUAUGGGCAGGAGUGGGCAUUUGGUGUUGCCGAGAUGGUAUGGCUUGGUGAGUGGUAUUAGGGCGUGGCCGGCGUGGUUGCAGGAGGCUCUGAGGAAUCGCGUGGGGAGGGAGGCGGCCAUGCUGAUGGGUGAGGGGGUGGGAUUGGGUGCUUGA